GAGCGGCUCCAGAGAAGUGUCAGGUGCCGGCAGGAGAAGAACUUCACAACUGACUCGGGUUUUUAUUACUGAAAAAGGGGGAAGAAAACCGCUGCAGGGUCACUGCGCUGUCACAUCCGCGGGUCGCCUUUUUCCCCCAACAAGUUACUGUACUUCCCAGACCACGUGGGGGCCGAAGGGGGGGGUGCGAGUCACCAGCGUUCAUGUGUGACAUAUACAGCCUGGACUCCCGCUGCGUGUCUCCACGGUGCAACAUGAGUUGGGCGGUGGAGCCCGCUAACUUCUACGAGAGCGCCAAGCUGGGCGCCCCGCAGCUCGGGCAGCUCUGCAAGCCGGGCGGCGAGGACCCCCCCAUGGCGGAGCUGAGCACCGCGGCCGCCACCGCGGCCAUGUACGACGACGAGAGCGCCAUCGACUUCAGUCAGUACAUCGAGUCCAUGACGGCCGUGCCGACCCAGGAGCUGUGCAACGACGAGCUCUUCCUCGACCUGUUCAACACCGUGAAGCAGGAGAAGCUGGACUUCUACAACAUGCAGAGCCCCCCCGCGCAGACCGCCGACCUGCAGCUGCAGCAGCAGCAGCAGCAGCAGCAGCAGCUGUCGGCCGCGUACGCGGCGGAGCGGCGCGCGGGCCUCGCGCUGGAGAAGGGGGCGUUCUGCGCGCCCAUCAAGCAGGAGUCCGACUGGAGCGACAGCGACGUGUCCUCGUCCCUGCCCUCGCAGAUCAAGAGCUGCGCGCAGACCUCCGUCAGCCUGCCGACGGGGCAGCCGACGCCCCCCACCACCCCGGAGCCGAGCUCCGGCGCCAGCUCGGCCAGGUCCUCCCCGCGGAAGGUGGGCCGGGAGAAGGGGAAGCGGGUGGACCGGUACAGCGUGGAGUACCGGCAGAGGCGGGAGAGGAACAACAUCGCGGUGAGGAAGAGCAGGGACAAAGCCAAGAGGCGCAACGUGGAUAUGCAGCACAAGCUGCUCGAACUGAGCUCCGAUAACGACAAGCUCCAUAAAACCAUCGAGCAGCUCACCAGAGAGCUCUCCGGCCUCCGGGACUUCUUCAAGCAGAUGCCCAGCUCGUCCUUUGCGGGCUCCGCGAGCGCGUUGAGCCGGUGACAGAUUCCCGGAUCUGUGGACUGAGCCAUAAGCAGACUUACCUCAACAGACAUUUCGAUUUUUACCAUCUGUAACAGAUGCAUUCUAAGCUUACCAUAAUGGCACUGGAAAAUAUAUAUAUAUGAUGUUGCUGCCAUAUUUUUUUUGUGGGAUUGUUCUCUGUAUUAAAUUAUUUUACCACUGCAUUUACAUGUUAUACCUGCUAUGGUACAUGUUAUAAUUCCAAACUUUGUAUAAGAGCCAGCGCAUGAUCUUUUAUAUAGUUUGUAUGAAACCCUUGAAAACAUUGUUUAUGGAAUCUAUAAUAAAAAUGCUGAAAAGGUGACGAAA